AUGUCGGACGUGCUGGUGUAUUCAGGGCCGGGCGUUUCGACGUCUGCGCUGCACCAUACGCUCAAGACGCUGCGGCUGCUGCUGACGACGUACGACGUCAAGACGGUGGACGCGCGAACGCUCGCGCUGGAUCCAUGGCAGAAGGGCACGGCGCUUGUCGUGCUUCCCGGCGGUCGCGAUCUGCCGUACGUCGCUGAACUCGCCAAGCCAUUCCGUCGAGACGACUCGCAGUCGACACCCUCGUCGCGGGGCGGGAGCGAGAGGACAGCGUCCAACGAGGUCCGCAACUUUGUACAGGCCGGAGGCAACUUCGUGGGCAUCUGCGCAGGCGCGUACUACGCCUCGGGUCACUGCUCGUUUGAACUCGGCACACCCAUGCAGGUCGACGGCGAGCGGCCGUUCCUGCGCUUCUAUCCGGGCACUUGCCAGGGCACGGUGUACGCCGGGUUCGUGUACGAGUCCGACAAGGGUGCAAGGAUCAUCGACCUUGACCGCACGCUUGCGGACGGCAAGGUGGAUCAGUGGAGGUGCCACUACAAUGGCGGUGGCGCGUUCAUGGAUGCCGACGCGUAUGCAGACCAGGGUGUCGAGGUGCUGGCGAGGUACGCGCGUACGCAGCCCGACGAAUUGCGCCUCGACAUCGAGCUCAGCGACUCUUCAGCGGCUCGCCGACCCGACUAUGCGGGACAGGCUGCGGUGGUGCUCGCGAGCGUCGGAGCUGGCAAGGCAUUGCUGUUCGGUACGCACCCCGAGUUCCCGCUGCUGCCCACCUCGACGCCGGUGUUGCUUGCCGAGAACAGCCAGGCAGAGGCGCGCGAGCACAGCGACCGCGCAGAGCACGAGCGCCAGCUGCGCGUGCACGAGCAGCGUCGGCUGCACUGGAUGCACGAGCUCUUCACACACCGCCUCGGACUGCGCUCGGAGUUGCCGCAGUGGGCACUGUCGGCUGUGGUGUCGGACAAGGCGGCGAGCGCGCCAACGGGCACAGCGGUGGACACGGAUGAGCCCAAGUUGCUGCCCAUCUUUCUGUCGGCCGUCGGACGCGACUCGGACCACACGCUCGAUGCCAUCGCCAGCAAGCUCGCCGCCGAGACCAGCACGACACCGCCAUCGCAUCUGGCGGGAUUCGAUGCGUGCGAUGCUCUCAAGGCGGCGCGGAUUGCAAGUGUCAAGGACUCGAACGACGCCAUCUACUUUGCACGCGCGGACGCUGAGAGUAUUCAAGAGGCACAGGCGCUGUGUUCCGCGGCGGACUACGACGCAUUCUCCAAGCCCAUCAUACCCGCAGCCACGUCGGUGGAUGGCGAAGAGACAGGGUCGACGCCGGACAAGGAGGUGGAUCUGGACGCCGUGCCCAAGUACGUCCUCAUGUGCAAGGAGCAGAAGCCGUCGACGGACGUGCUGCCGUACUGGGACAUGGCGGCGUACGAGACGCAUCUGGAGCACUUUCGCGAGCUCAACGCGCAGCGGACGCAGGGGGCGGACCACUGGGCUUCGUGGCGCGCGCCGUUUGAUCCAUUCAACCCGUUUGGCUCGGCGGGUGGUGUGGUGGCCGAGCACCGAUUCGGCACGCCCACGCUGUACACGCAGAUGGUGACGUCGACGCAGACGAUGCUCGACAAGAACUUCCGGCUGCUGGCGGCGCUGCCUGUGGGCACCACGUUCUUCGCCACGCAGCAGAUGAGCGGCCGGGGCCGCGGCGGCAACCGGUGGAUCUCGCCCAAGGGGUGUCUGCAGUUCUCGGCGGUGUUCCGCGUGCCGGUGAGCAUGGCGAGCAAGACCGUCUUCCUGCAGUACCUCUCUGGACUGGCUGUGGCGGAGGGCAUCCGUCUUGCGCUCGGCCCGAGCGACGCAGCGCGCGCCGUCGCCGACAAGGUGCGCAUCAAAUGGCCCAACGACAUCUACGCCGAGAUCCCCGCUGCCGACGAGGAGGGCAAUGGUGGGGCGAGGACCAAGACGGCGACGUUCGAGCUGGGUGGCAAGCGGUAUGCGAAGCUGGGCGGGAUUCUGGUCAACUCGCAGUUCAGUGGCGGCAACGAAUUUGUGCUCGUGUCCGGGUGCGGUGUCAACUGUCUCAAUGCGCGACCUACGACGUCGGUGUCGGAUCUGGUGGCGAUGCACAACGAUCGUGCUGCCAACGAGGCCGAUCGGUUGGAGGUGGUGUCGCAGGAGAAGCUGGCGGGUGCGAUCCUGUCGACAUUCGACUCGAUCUGGAAGGUGUUUCUGCAGCACGGCGGUGAUUUCCGACCGUUCGUCGCGCGAUACAGGCAAGUGUGGCUGCACAGCGACCAGGAGACUACGCUCACGCCCGACGCCAUCCGCUCCGACGCUGCAGCACACACCGAGGGCGACGAAGGCGUACGCAUCGUCGGAAUCUCGUCCGACUAUGGUCUGCUGCAGGCGGUGCCGCGUACGUCGAGCAUUUAUGCAAAGGACGCCAAGGCCUGGGGCAGCACGCAGGACGCACAAGCCAACGGCAUCGUUCAACUGCAGCCCGACGGCAACUCGUUCGACAUGCUGCAGAAUCUAGUCAAGCGCAAGGUGUAG